AUCCGAGCACUGAGGAGCCUUCCCCUCCCCUCUGUAAUUACCAUUCUGCCCCUCCACUCCCCUAUCUUCAAUAUCCCCAUAAUUAAAUUAUAUUCAUACAUAUAUAUAUAUAUAUUAUGUAUUUAUAUGUAUAAUUUCUAUUUGGUUUCUGUAAUGUAAGAAUUUUAUUUUCUGAUGAUGGGAGAUUCAACUACCUGCGCUACGCCGCCUAAGCUUACGCUAUCUAAGCCGCCGCCGUGGAAGCCGAGGGAGCCGCUCCAUAUGCUGACGCCGCCGCUCCAUCCAUCGGCUUCGAUCCCAUUCCAGUGGGAGGAGGCGCCGGGGAAGCCGAGAGCCGCCGCGCCGCCGGACAAGGCGGCUAGGUGUCUGGACCUCCCUCCACGGCUGAUGCUCCACGACGAAGCCAAAAUUACCACUAUACCCUCCCCGACAGCUGUCCUCGACGGGCCGUACGUCGGCCGGAGCUUGUCCCUCGCCUGCACUCUCUCCUUCCGUAAAGGUCCUCCGGCCGACGGCGCCGACGAGGAGCCCGGCAGGGCUAGUUUCGACUUUUCGUAUAACGAUGAGAAGGUGAAGAUCACUAGAAUUGGGAGAAGAAAGAGCUUCUUCAGUUUGCCUUCCAUGAAUCCGAACCUGUGAGCAGGGCAUAUGUUCGAGCCUGAAAAGAGCAGUGGUUCCAUGGAAGAAGAAGCUGCGGAGGGGAUGACUGAGGGGUAGAAUUGGGAAUUCACAAUUCUCUGUCUGGAUCAGAACUUCUGACAUCAUUAACCAAUACUUUUACUUACUUGACUUUAAAUAAUAAUAUAAUACUAAAAAAAUGUGCAUGCUUUGUUUGUUUGCUAUAUAAAUUUGCCAUAGCUUUGUUUGUACCUCGCGCUUCUCGGUUUGCACCAAAUAUGAUGUAUAAUAUCCUUCUUGUUAUACAUAUAUAUAUAUAUGUUGCUUAAGUUAGUAGUCAUCACUUUGUGCAUGUAUUAUAUAUAAUGAAAUGAAAUAAAAUUGUGGAUAAUAAAUUUAUUUCUUUUAGAUGAUAAAUUAUAUUUUA